CUCUUAUAACAGUUAUAUGCAGCACAUUGUGAUUGCUGCAGUAUUUGAUAUCGGUUAUUUCGAUUUAGUAGAAAGGUACACGUAUUUCACCUGCUGGUAAAGAGUUCAUGUGCUGUGCGUGUAUUUCCGCUAUUUCGUACAAUAUCAUGUUUCUAAAUUGUAUGUAUUUGUUUGUUUAUACAUUAUAUCCGAAGAACUAAUUAAUCCAAAAUGGAGGAGAAAGAAAUUGAACGGAAUCCAUCUAGAAAAAAGUUACAAGGCAGGAUCCUUGUUCUGACAAUCUGUGCCGCAGGAAUUGGGGGAACCUUCCAGUACGGCUACAACAUUUCCAUCAUCAAUGCACCGACAGUGUACAUUCAGACAUUUAUCAAUGAAACGUGGCUGCAGCGCUCAGGCGCGCCUCUGGAGAGUCAUCUGAUCACCCUGCUUUGGUCCAUCAUCGUGUCAGUGUACCCACUGGGGGGCCUGAUCGGUGCCUUGAUCGCAGGACCGUUGGCAGUCCGAUUCGGAAGAAAGAAAUCGCUGUUACUGAACAACCUGUUUGUCAUUCUUUCUGCGGUGUUGGUGUUGGCAAGCAGAGCUGCCCGCUCAUUUGAAAUGAUUAUAUUGUCGCGAGUAUUUGCUGGAAUCAAUGCUGGUCUCGGCAUGAAUGUCCAGCCCAUGUAUCUGGGAGAAAGCGCUCCGAAAAAACUGCGAGGAGCUGCAUCCAUGAGCUCUGCAUCCUUUGCAGCUUUGGGGAUCGUUGUGGGACAGGUCAUCGGACUCAGGGAGGUCCUAGGAAGUGAAUGGUGCUGGCCACUCCUGCUGGCUAGCAAUGCCAUCCCUGGCCUGGUCCAGCUGGCCACCCUGCCCUGGCUCCCAGAGAGCCCACGAUACCUCCUCAUUGACAAGAACGACAAGGAAGCCUGUCUGAGGGCGCUGAGGAGGCUGCGAGGCAGUGUGGACCUGAGCGCUGAGAUGGCUGAGAUGCUGGAGGAGCAGGCUGCUGUAAAAGGGGAGAGAGCCAAGAGGCCGUGGGAGCUGUUUCAGGACCGGUCUGUACGAUGGCAGCUGAUCACAGUGAUAGUGCUUAGCAGCGCCAUGCAGCUCUGUGGGAAUGAUUCUAUGUACUUUUACGCGUCCUACGUGUUUCAGGAAGCUGGAAUUCCUUACCACAAAAUUCAGUACGUUGUCAUUGGUACUGGGAGCUGUGAGCUCCUAACAUCUAUAACAUGUUCCCUGUUUAUUGAGAGGCUGGGCAGGAGAAUCCUCAUCCUGGGCGGCUACAUGCUGAUGGCACUGUGGGCUGUUGUCUUCAUGGUGGCUCUCUCACUCCAGGAGAAGGUCAGUUGGAUGCCUUACAUGAGCAUGGGCUGUAUGUUUGCCUAUAUCCUCAGUUUUGGAAUCGGACCAGCCGGAGUAACUGGAAUCUUACCCACUGAGAUCUUCGACCAGAACAGCCGUCCUGCUGCGUACAUGAUCAGCGGCUCUCUCUUGUGGUCCAUGCUGUUUCUUGUUGGGAUGCUCUUCCCUUUUAUUGUGAACGGACUUGGCGCCUUCUGUUACGUGCCAUUCUGCACGGUCUGCGUUCUGUCCUCCGUCUUCAUCGUGUUCUUCCUGCCCGAGACCAAGGGCAAGUCUUUACUGGAAAUCAGCGCAGAGUUCGACAAGCGCAACUCCAAAGGAAUGGAGCCGCUCAGGGCCCAGUACCAGCUGGGCGAAGUCUCCAGAUCCACUGCGCUCUAGUCUGUGUUGAACUCCUGAAAUCAGAAGGAAAUCAAGGCCAUGCUGCUGUACUGGCACCUCGAGUGCCAGAGUAAGUGCCAAUGCUGGAUGCAUCUACAAAACCAAUAGCUGCAUGAUUUUGCACAGUACAUAUUUUAUUAGAACCUCAGUGGCAAGAUUCCAACAAAAACUUUUGAAUUGAAAAAGUGCAUGCGGAUAUCUUGAACACAAUGAUGUUUCUCUUUUUCCAUAAGUGAUUUUGUUUUAUUAAUUCUUCCACAUCAAAGGAGUGCGAUUAUAGUAUAUAUCCUAUAUGUAUAAUGAGCAAUACCGUCAAAAGUUUGUACUCUGGUGUACAGUUUUCAAUGCUGGGAAAACAUUAGGAGCAAAUGCCUUGUGACCAAUAUGGGUAUGCAAAAAACACUAAAACAGACUCCUGAAAAACAGAAUGUAUUGUUGCUGCUGACCAGCUUUAGGAAAUACCUGCAGCGUGUGUGCGUGCGUGCGUGCGUGCGUGCGUGCGUGCGUGCGUGCGUGGUGUGCGUGCGUGCGUGCGUGCGUGCGUGCGUGCGUGUGUGCGUGCGUGUGUGUGUGUACAUAUAUAUUCUCUAUGCAGGCAACAGCUGAAGAUAAUUUCUUCUGUGACAAAGUAAAUGGUCAGUUAUUUACCUCUUUCCUGGUUCCUAGCAGUGCACUGUUUGAUCACAUGAAACAUUUGCACUAGGGAGUGUUCAAGUGUUAUUAGAUUUUAUAUCCUUUGAACAAUAUUAAUGGUGUUUGCUGAAUAUAUUGUUGACCCCUUUUGUUUGUUAGAAUAGAAUGCCAGCAUAUGUGAUCAAUGCAAUACAAGAAGCCACCAGGCAUGGUUAUUAUUCGAUGAAUCCGCUCGCAGCUGUUUUUUUGGUGUUCAUUAUAACAAACUGUAAAGUUGAGAUAUGAUGGGCAGAGGACCUCAGACUGCCUUAUUCUAAAAUGCCCCUUAUUUAGCUAUUGUACAUUAUAAGAAAUAUACAGCAAUUGUAUUUUUGUUAGUUGUUGUUUCUGCACUUCAAAUGCUUGAAAAUGUACCCGACAUAUUAAAAUAGAGUCAUGAUUGAAAAUAAAAACACUGGAGUUUUUUUAAUUAGAGUGACAUAAACAUCCUCUUUUUAUGAUACAAUGAUGCAUGUUGUGCAAACACAACCGUU